UUAUAAGCGCGGCUAGGUCCAGGCUGUCGAGGGUGCAGGCUAACCAGAAAAGCGGCUGGGUUUCGAAGAAUAUCGCGGUGGGGACUCGAGAAGAAGCGACGAAGAAGAGAGUGGAGAGGAGAAUCGGAGAUGCCGUGCCUCAAUCUCUCCACGAACGUGAGCUUGGAUGGGGUCGACACCUCGGCCAUCCUCUCCGAGGCCACCAAGACUCUGGCCAAGCUCAUCGGCAAGCCCGAAGCCUACGUAAUGAUAGUGCUCAAAGGGUCAGUACCGAUGUCAUUUGGAGGGACUGAACAGCCAGCUGCAUAUGGUGAAUUGGUUUCCAUUGGAGGCCUGAAUCCCGAUGUAAACAAGAAACUGAGUGGUGCUAUAGCUUCAAUUUUGGAAACUAAGUUGUCCGUUCCCAAGUCACGAUUCUUUCUCAAGUUUUAUGACACAAAGGUCCACCAAACUCAAGAAUAUGCACAAUGUUUGCAUGCUUUGCAUCAGCAAUAAAUCAUGGCUCAAACUUUGGGUGGAAUGGUUCUACUUUCUAGGUUCAGUGCUUGCCUGGUCUGUUGCAUGACAUGUUGGAACAUAUGCAAUAAGCAAAAUGACUAUUAUUAACUUGAGAUUUUAUUUGGUUUGGUCUAACUGUGGUAUUUUGUUUUGAGCUUAUCUACAUAACCAUAUCAUGGCGAAACAUUAAGCUGAUAGUAUAAUGAUCAUCUUUGUCUGAACCAAUGGUGUUGACAAGUACUAGAUUCUGCAAGAUUUCUAUUUCAAUUGAUUGUGUCUUUGAUUA